CCUCGGCUCAUUGUAUUAAUACAAUGGCUAAUAUGGGAUUAUGUACUACAUACCAAAUAACUUUUAAUAAAAUUAAUGGAAUAAGUAAUGAGUAUUAUAAUAGUGUGAACAAAUAUGUUCAAGAUCAUGUAGACGAUUAUCAUAAUCUUCAUGGUACUCAUAUUCCAUCAACAAAUUCAGCUAAACAAAUCGUUCACAUGGCCACCAUAUUAUUUAAUACUAUUAGAUAUCCACCUAUUUCUUAUAAUUCUGUUUAUGGUUUACCUGUUCAUAAUCCCCAAGGUGUUGACGCAUUUCUCUUAAAAACAAUUAGUCAAAAAUAUAUAUUUACUUUAGCAAAUAGUUACAAUUUGGAAAAGUCAAAUUGGAGUUGGGUAUCAAAUAAAACAAACUUAAUUGAAAAUUUAACAAUUCAUUCUUACAAUGCAGAUAUUGCUCAAAA